AUGCUCGCCGAAGAUGAGCAAGAAAAGGAGAACACCCUUUUUCCAUCACCACAGCUGCAACGACGCUACCAGCGCGAGGUUCUCUCCAAGCUCCUCAUCGGCCUAGCCUUGAGCAUAAUCUUUGCUUUUUCGGUCACCUGGGUCUUCCAGUCCAUCGUCCCGCCCUCCCGAACCAACGCCCAGGGAAUCAUUGAGAACCCCUGCGGCAACUCAUCCAACGAGGCCCAAUCCCGCGGUUGCCAUUUUGACGUUCUGUCUUUCUGCUGGGUUCCGGAAGAGUGCUUUGACCGCGAGCUGACGGACAAGUUCCGCGAGGCCGGGCCGUGGGUAUUCUACACCGACCAGAAUAAGACGGCGUCCGUCACUGAGGAGCAGUUUGGCUCCGAUACCCAGCCCGUCUACCUCACCAAUAGGCUGCACAAGACGCACUGCGCCUACAACAUCCUAAGGUUCCACAAGGCCUUGACGGAGAAUCGCAUGGUUCACCGCGAAGACGUCUUGACGCACACGCAGCAUUGUACGCAGGUGCUCACGAGGGUCAACGAACCGGACGACAUUGAGGUCAGGGCAAAGAUUCAAUACCCUGACUGUGGGCACUUUUCAAAGAUGUUUCCGGGAAAGGCGAAGGAAGGUGUGCCUGGCCACCAUCAAGGACACUCCCACAUGGGGUGA